GUUUGGAGUGUUUGUUAUCAUCGUAUUUUAAUUGAUUAAGUGUUUUUAUAGUCCUUGCUUAGAACUUAUUGCAUUACAUUUCGCUUGUCAUAGACUCAACCAAUCAUAUACCUUGCCUAUUGUAUUAGAGAUAGCUUGUUAUAAGAUACCCGGGCGUCGCCCCGGCCUUAGUUUUGCGGCUUUCGGAGUUUAGUUGGAGUUAGAAGUCAUCGGAGUAAACACUAGUUCUUUGGAGUUCAUACAAGUUUAGCAGAAUAUUUCAAGUUUUCUGAACUAUUACACCGGAACAAACUUUUCACCGAAUUGUACGAAUUGUUUCAUUGUUUGUGAGAGAGGUCAGAGUGGAGCGGAGUUCUGAAUAAAACCCAUUCAAUGGACACAACGCCUACGAUUCUGGUUGGCACUUAGCGUCCCCUAGUACCUGCGACUCACCGGCGACGCGACAGUGAAAAGUUUGAGGUAAAACGUUUGGAAACUACUUGGAAGGUAAGAUUACCUUAGUUAUACAAUGAACGGAGAUACAUGGACACCGAGGGCCGCCAGGACCCGAACCAUGACUGAGAAGGGUAUAGAAAACGCCCUCGAAAGAAAACGGAGAGAGUUACGCAUCCAAAUGCACAAAUUAAGUCACUAUAUCCAGAAUAGCACUGAUACUGAAAUCCCACGUGCCGUCGAUAUUCAAUCAAUGGAGCAAACCGGAGCCKUACUGGGCGGAUUACUAUCKGAAUUCAAGGAGCUAAUCGAGCAAACAAAGGAGCCUCUACAAACCGAUGUAGAAUUGAUUGAUUUUCUAGAUAGAUUGCUACAUAAAUCUAGUGAUAUUGUUAAUCAAACAAAGAAUAGRAAAACCGACAAAUCGUCGGCUAUAAGUCGUCARUCUCGUAAAUCAGCAGCGUCCACGUCUAGCUCGGCYAAACUUCGCGCYAAAGCAUUGGCCGACGCAGCAGCCGCACGUACACACGCGGAAUUCGAACGCUUGAUCGCCAAGGAAGAAUACGAGCAAAAGCAACGCGAAGCYGAGCAGGAACGGCGCAAAUCUAGUGAUCGAGCMUUACACAAAAGGAACAUUGCUACGCUAACCGCAGACAGGAAAUUGGCAGUAGCAACCGCAAAACUUGACGCGAUAAACCAAAUCAUGAGAGAGGAGACUGGAGUUAUAGAUGAGGAAGAUUUUAACGAUAUAGAAGAUGAAUUAGAUCAGGAGAGAGAAAAAAGAACAGAGGAAUGGGUGAGAAAAAGUCAACAAGGAAGCAUAGGCGAYCACCGUGAGAGAAGCGUAGUGGGGGAGGGGUCCCCUAGUAAUCAACAUAACACGCAACCAACAUUGAAAACCGCAAGCCAUCGCGCACAUGCCGACAAGUCUAUUUUUGAUCAGUUCUCACCGCACGCCUUGCAUACUCUACGCCCCUUUGAGUCUACGCCCAUCCGAGAUGCCACGGGAACYAUYUUAGAGGCGUUGACAACAACCAACCAGAAAAUUGUCUCGGGGAUCGCAAAACAAAAUCUUCCUAAAUGUCACCCAGACACCUUCAACGGUGAUGCCACGCUUUUUCAUCCGUGGAAAAAGGCCUUUAAGGCAAUGUUAAGCGACAUAGACGUGACUCCCGAUCAGGAGAUUNGCCGUCAUAACAAACGUGUUGCUCGAGCGAUUGCAUUACGCAGCGAAUUUCGACGAGAAUGA